AUGACGGAGGUGUCUGCAAGAAAGGAGCGGCGCGAGCAGCGUCAGCGAGCGCUCGGGGUAGACUGCGUAGACCGCCUCACAUGGAAAGAGUGGGAGCCGGGCAAGGAGUACAAGCGCAAGAUUCUCGUCAAGAACAUUGACCGUGCCUCGCAGACGAUUCAGCUUUCACUGCCAGUGAACCGCAAGACCUUCAUUACGCCUUUUCCGGAGCCAAUCACGCUGAGCAGCGGCGUGUCACACGAAAUCGUCAUUUCCUUUCGCCCUACAGAGCUGGUGGAACUGCAUGACGCUGUCACCGUCACUGUGGAAGGCCGCGGCUCCUUCCAGGUACGAUUGGACUGCCUUACGCCGUACGCGAAGCUGACGCUGCCGCCCAGCCACGACUUCGGCUACUGCGCCGUCGGCGCCACCGCGCACGCGCAGGUGCAGCUGCAGAACAGCGGAACCGCCCCGGUAGAGUUCAGCUGGGAAGUCUCGACGCCGUUCUGCAUUCUGCCCAGUCACGCCGUGCUGGAUGAGGGGGAGAUAAUGCACAUCACACUUCUGUUCACGCCGACGGAGGGGUGCACAAUGGUGGCACAGGCUGUGUGCCGUCUGACCGGGACUAACGAUGUAAUCGCCGCCCUCAAGAUAUCCGGCAUCGGCAAGUACCCGUAUAUUUGUUUUCAGGAGCCGACCGCAGAGGAGAGGACGCUGGUGGUGCAGAUGGAGGCGCAGCAGAACAGCGGCAGCGGCAGCAGCAAGCUGAUCCACGUGUACAACCCCUCGCCGGUGCCCGUGUCGGUGCGCAUUCGGCGCGUGGACGAAAGCCUAAUGUGCGCCUUCCACUUUGCUGUCGAGGGAAAGGUGGCGGUGGAGCAAGACGAUCCGAAUGGUGAAGGCACCUUUCUCGUAUCGCGCGGUGCGGUGCAGCCGGUGCGCAUCCACUACACCCCCGGGAGUCCCGGGGUGAUCGACUUCAACACCUUUCAGUUCGACUGCGCGCAUGGCAACUCGUUGCAGGUGGAGCUUAGUGGAACGACGCUUGGCCCGCGCGUGACGGCAUCGAUCAGUAGUCUCGACUACGAGGCUGUGGACCUGGAGCACAUGCCCCCCGAGAAGCAGCUCACGCGUCACUUGACGCUGCGAAACGCGUCGGCAACGGACGCCUCCUUCACGUGGAUGAACACGCUGCCGGGGGCGGCCUUUUCCGUAGUACCUCACAGCGGUGUUGUUGCGGCGCAGUCGAGUCUGCAGGUGGCCAUCACUUUCCGGCCCACGCACCCCAUCCUCUACUACCGUCGCCUGUACCUGCUCAUCGAGGGUGCAAAGGAUGUUGUGGGGGUCGAUGUGCUAGGUGGUGCCUACACUAGCGCUAUGCGGCCGCCGACGUUGACUCUCGCGGACGUCGAGGCGGCGCGGCUGCGGACGGAGCGAGGCUUGGGGCUGCUCACCCCGGAGCAGCUUGCGACCGUCGCCGCGGCGGCAGCAGCCGCAGAGGACGAGUUGAUGGGCAGCAAGCAGGAGAACGGCCAGCGCGGAGGCCGGCGCUGCUCCGUGCCUGCUUCGACGCUCGAAAUUUGGCGGCGUAUCGAGGAAGACGUCCGCAGCCCCGGCGUGGUCAUGCGUGGCGCAAAACGCAAAGUGCGCGUGCCGCUGAGCAACUUGGAGACCGCCAACGGCAGCGUUUCCAUCGACACACCCUUCGGAGUCGAUGCAAAGCCUCUCUACACGUUUGGCGGUGGUGGAAAAAGCGGCAGCGACUUGCGUGGGAACCUGGUGACGGUCAUGAACACAUCCGACGCGACCGCUGUGGCUACCUGGAGUCUGCCCGCAUCGCAAGCGUGCCCGUACACGGUAGUGCCCACGCAACAGGUUGUCCCUCCUAACGGCUCUGCUGUCUUCCAGCUCCAGUGCAGCAGCACCGUGAGCGAUGAGCUGCCGGCCGCCUGCACGCUCGAGUGCUAUGUGAACUAUGAGUCCAUGUCUGCCUUCUACUUGGCGCCAGACGCGUGCGUGGUGCCGCCGCAGUGCUUCACAGUGACCUGCACGAGUGCCAUCAUUUCGGUAUUCACCUCAGCGAAGCAGAAAUCGCAGUACCAGCAGCAGAGCGCAUCCAGCCACAUCAGCUACGCGCGUCAGGUGUGCCUGCCGGCGUGCCGCGUCGGUGGCUCUUCCUACCAAGUGAUAGCGCUCCGGAACAAGGCUGCUACGCCGGUGCGUUACGAGGUAGCUGAUAUCAUACUCAAGCAGGUCAGUGCAGUCGUCGUGCCACCGAAUAUGAAACCUGUGGCACCGGAGAGAAAAGCCUCAGCAGCUGCAGUGGAAGCAAGAGCAGCGCCGCAAGAAGCCGGCGAGGUGAGCGAGGCUGUGUUCUCGGUGUACCCAACCGCAGGCGUCGUUCCGGCUCUGGGCCGCCAGCUGCUUGUGGUGAAAUUCAGCCCCAGAGACACGGCGCAGUACGCAGCGUCAGCUAGGAUUCUGUGGGACGCAAAUGCGAUGCACUCCACCGCCUCCCCCGCCGCUAGUGCUGCACUAUCAGCUGCCGCGGACACCACUCACCUCAACCUCUUCGGCGAAGUAUGCCUCCCGCAGCUCCAGUGGCGCCAGGUUGACGAAGACGUGACGGUGCCGCUGAGCAUGAUUACGCUACCGCCGAGUUGCGUCUCGGGCGAAUCGCAGCAGCGCGCGUGGGUGCGCAACCCGACGGCGCUGCCAGUGGCGUUCCGCUUCGACACGUCAGCGGAACUUCUCGGGGUGCUUCGCAUGGAGCCUGAGCAGGGUAUGGUGCCCGGCGGUGCGCGGCUCCCCGUCACGCUCUUCUUCAGCCCACAGCAGCCUCGCGUGUUCGACGGCUUUCUGCAGCUCUACGUGCAAGAGGGAGCCGAGGAAGCGGCAGCGCCGGGCGCGACGCAGCUUCAGUACUGUCAGCAGCUGCGCGUGCUCGGCGAAGGCGCGUACGGAGGCGUGGAGGUGGAGCCGCGGAUCAUGGACAUCGGAGAUACCGCUGACACACGAGAGCAGCAGGCCGCCCUCACGCUGUACAACAGCGGCUACUGCGAUGUGCAGUACGAUGUACGUGCCAUGCUGGUGCACGCCGGCAAGUCGGAAGCCGCCGCCGCGGUGGUGCCACGCCUUCACAACAGCCGCGGUGUCCUACCAGCGCGCACGCACACAGCAGUGCUCGUGGCGGCGCAGCCUGCGCCGGGCUUGACGGAGUUCCUCGUCUAUGCCAUCGUUAGCGGCUUGUCCACCAACGUGGCCAAUGUGCCGAACGCAUCAACCGCAGAGGAGGCUGAACGGCACCCCCAUUGCCGCUGGCGCCUGCGGGCCGCACACCCAGCAGUGCAGGUGGUGGACGUCGACCUCCCCGGCGUGGCGCGGCCGCUGGCGUGGCAGCAGCUCAGUCUCAACGCCAUCAACGCGCAGCUCGCCACUGCUGCUGCGGAGCCUGAGGACAGCAGCAAUAGCGUACACGCCUCCUUCCAGCACUACGUUAGCGGAUUGGACCCAAUUUCGAUGGAUCUUGGCGUAGCGCACGAAGGUGACAGCACCGUGUGCCUCAAGGUGAGCCUCAAGAACACCGGCGACUGCCCGGCGCCGUUCGACGUGAUGCUACCAACGCAGCAUGAGGCGAACAGAGAGCACUGGUGCCUGGAAAACACAGAGCUGGCAAGUUUGUACUACAUCAUUGAUCGCGGACUCGUGACGGUGGCACCGCAGCAGGGAAGCAUUGAUGUUGGGCAGACAGUUCAGCUUGAGGUGCGUUACGUGCACAGCGAGGUGGGUGUCCAUCGACUGCCGAUGGUACUGCGCGUUGGCCGCGGUGGGCGGCGCGUCGCUGUGGUGCUGGAAGGACGCACGUUGCCUGCUGAGGUACGCGCGUUGAACUUCCACCACCAGAAGGUGUACGAGUUGAUGCCGGUCGCCCUCGGCGACAUGGAGCCGCCGCUGCAGUUUAUCACGGCAACAAACCCGUUUGAUGAGCCUGUCGAAUACUCGGUCGACUUGGUGGCACUGCAGGAACACACACGAGAGCACUACGGCUUCCCUGUGUUUCAGUGCGUCGACCCGCGGGGCACGGUUUCGCCACGCGGCACGGUCUACAUCGGCUUCUACUUCAGGCCGCUGGAGGCGAGAGAGUACCGCGUGAGCGUCCUGCUGCAGACAGUGCAGGGAGAGGGCUACUACGUCGAUUUGGUCGGCAGUGGCUACCACCCACGCCAGGUGGCGGCGACGUCGGUGAUGCAGUGGAUCGAUCAUGCACUGAUGCAAGUUCCCGCCGUCCCGCCCACCCUCCCCGCGCGCGCGCACGCUGCGUUCUUGUCCGACGACAUCUGCAAGCUCGGCGCCGUCCCGUACUUCACACUGUGUAGGCGCACCUGCACAUUGCAGCUCGCUGCCGGCUGUCCGACUGCCAUGCGCUACACCUGGCACGUCUAUCGCCCGCAGCGGGGUGACGCACAGGCCGUUGUGCGCCCCUCCGAAGGCGUUGUGCAGCCCGGCAAGGAGCAGACGUUUAAGAUACUCUUCUACGCAGGCAGCACUAGCCAAGUGCUGGAGAGACUUAUGACGUGUGUUGUUGUGCCUUGCGCCGCGGCGAGCGACGGGGAAGAAAAGCAGCACAGUGACAGUGGAGGUCGCCGUGGUCGCCGUACUAGGGCAACGCCGCUCCCUAGCCUCAACUCCUCGCGUGACGGCAGCAGCAGUGCAGCGUCGCUCAGCCUUCUUCUGCAAGCGCGAGUGAUGCCGCGGGACGACUAUGAGGCCCUCUACGGAUCAGAGAAGCUGAGUACCGCCUUCGCGCCGCCCCUCUACAAUAGCCACGCUGAUCCAGUGUCCCCCACACUGUUACCAGUCGCCUCCCAGAACACCACAAGCCCUGCCACGACGGCAGAGGUAUGCUUUGUGAAAGAGGUGAUGGACGAGCUCAUCCGCUCCCUGGUCGCCACGCCCGCCGUUCAGAGCUCCUUCACAGCCUUGUGCGCCCCCCAUCACGUGACGUACGCCAAUAUGCGAGUCCUGCAUGCCGCGAAGGCGACCAACGCAGAAGCCGUGUCCACCGCAGCAGCGGCAGCGCUGAGUCGCGGAAACGCCAGCUCUGCCAUGGCAACGGAGGAAUUACUGGAGGAGCUUCUCUGCAGUGCGCUUGCUGAAGCAGUCGCUGUCGUUUAA